CCCUGCAACAAUCUGUCGUUGCGCAUUGCUUCAGUAGCUCGAAGGACCUACGGGACCUCCAAACAUACCGGAUAAAGAUACUUCAGAACAGAUUGAAUCACAAAAUAGUUAAACUGGGAAUCAGUUGAGGAUUAAAAGGCUGUGUGUGUGACACUAGAAAGCUGCUUUUGUGCCAUACCGAAUGUUCCGUUCUUUACACUUACCAUUUUUACCUACAUGAUAAGCAAAACAAAGCAAACACUGUGAACUUUAAAUCAUAACGAUAUCUGUUUUAACUUGAAUGCCAUGUCUAUGAUAAGCAGUUUUCCAGCUAUAGAUUUUAUCGAACCUAUCGAAAGCUAUCUGCUACCAAACUUCCCCUUCAGUUUGCUGUAACUAGCCAUACAGUGUAGACAUCAUUAUGAAGGCUGCGUGCGUUACAAUAGUGCUCCUCGGCACCAUUGUUAGUAGUUUGGCCCAAACCGUCGUUCGGAACGUAGAAUUUGGUGAAUACCCUUCGGUAGUGUUUGUCAGUACUCCACGCGAUCAGCGAUGCAUGGGCACGUUGAUCAACGCCAACCACGUCUUGACGUCCGGUACCUGCGUUAUGACCGACGGGGCGGCUAACAUUUAUCCGGCCCCUUUAGUGCAAGUCGUUGGAGGAGAUCUGUCCGUUCCCAAUCCGGUCGUCACUCAGCAGACCCGCGUGGCGCAGCACAUUUUCGUGCAUGAAAACUUCCGCCCUCGUUCAAACGAUAACAAUGUCGCUGUUAUACGUCUGGCCGAGCCCUUUCACCUGCCGAGCAACGCCAUUGAGGAGGCACACAUUCGGAUGCGCAUCGUACCGCAAGGGCAUCAGUGUGAUGUUGUGAGAGCGACUUUAACUGGCAGUCCCGUUCUGCAAGCGUAUAAUAUACAGAUUCGCAAUCGAAAUCUUUGCGAUGAUUGUUGUUUCCUGUGGAUUAGAGAUGAAAGUAGCCUUUGCACUGAGGAAAUCACCAUCAGUGACAGCCUGUUGCAAGGUGAUUCGAUGUUCUGCGAUGGAGAGUUGACGGCAAUCGCAGCCCACACUGCUAGUGAUGGUCAAAUAAGACGCUUUUAUUUCAACCAAGUAAGGUUUUUCACGCACUGGAUACAGCAACAGCUCAUUCGUACGCAACCGAUGCCGGAAGGAUGGAAUCCGAACGAUUAUUGAGGGAAGAUACAUAUGUAAUAGACGGUACGUUUCAAUUACAACAUUUGUAUUUCAAGUGAUUUGUAAUAAAUGUAGCCCAGCAAACAUGAAAUAUGUGUGUCGAAUUUAAUGGAAUAAUAAUUGUUACGUUAUUCAGUACCUCAAAUAAAGAAAGAGAGAAAGAGAGUAUAGCA